GCUAGCUGCCACUUUCAGUUCGCACACUGCAACUUCGCAAGUAUUUCUACUUGUCCGCUGGUUUGAUAUGAACCACACAUGCAAGACGUUGUGUCCUAAUGUAAAUAGUGCAGGCUUUCGAUAUCUGUACGGAUCCUCAUUCAAAUGAGGGAAACAGGAGUUGUUUUGGGGUUAUCUCUGCUGCGUGCGGUUUGGAGAUACGGAGAUCACCUCUGCAAUUGGCACCCGGAAAGGCACCUUCAGAGGCAAAGGAUGAGGGUAGCAGCUACUGAAUGAGUUAUGGACACACAAUAAUAUGGAUGUUCCUGGACAGACCAAAGAACAUUGUCUGAGGGAAUGGUGGAAGUGACUGUUUCAAACUUCUAAAAAAAAAAAAAAAGCCCCGACCUCCAUCUGAAAAACCUUUGCUGAUCAUUUCACAACGAUUAAUGGCAUGUUCUCCAUCUAGCUUGCAUUUGCCCUUGUAGCACUGACUUUAUAUCCUUGACUUGCAAGUACAGCUCUAAGAGAGGUUACAAGACUAGCCAUGAAAUGUAAAAGAGAUUUAUGACACGUCAGACCCACCAUGCUAAAACAGGGUGGGCUACAGUGUUACGAUCGCAACAUAACACAUGUAAGCUAAAAAUAAACCUCUUGACCCUUUAUUCUUAUUCAUAAGUAUGGCUUGAGUUUGGACCUUAGGAAGCUCAGCCAAUCUUAAUGAUUAUAUAAGUCUCUGAGGAACCAAUGAGAUCAUGUGUAACAUCUCAACCUCAUGCAAUGUUGACUCGAACAUUGACCAGUUCUUCCAGCCAGCGCUGUAUAUUAUUGUCAUUGUUCUUGGCUUCCCCACCAACUGCAUGGCCCUGUGGGCUGCUUACAUGCAGGUCAAACAGAAGAAUGAGCUGGGUGUCUACUUGAUGAACCUCUCUGUGGCUGACCUUCUGUAUAUAGCCACGUUGCCACUUUGGAUAGACUAUUUUCUUCACCAUGACAACUGGAUCCACGGCCAGGGGUCAUGCAAGCUAUUUGGUUUCAUCUUCUACACCAAUAUUUACGUCAGCAUUGCCUUCCUUUGCUGCAUAUCAGUGGAUCGUUAUUUGGCAGUAGCUCAUCCCCUUAAAUUUGCCAAAGUUCGUAGGGUCAAAACAGCUUUGUUGGUCAGCACGGUCGUCUGGGUCAUGGAAGUAGUGGCAAACUCUGCACCUCUAUUCCACGAUGAACUCUUCAAGGAUCGCUUCAACCACACCUUCUGCUUUGAGAAGUACCCCAUGCAGGACUGGGUGGCUGGUAUGAACCUUUACCGCACUUUUCUGGGCUUCUUGGCACCCUGGGGUGUGAUGCUGGCGGCAUAUAGAGGUAUUCUGAGAGCUGUGCGAGGUAACGUCUCGACCGAGCCACAAGAGAAGGCCAAAAUUAAGAGGCUGGCCCUCAGUUUGAUCCUCAUUGUGCUCCUCUGCUUUGCUCCCUACCACGUCCUACUGUUGUGGCGUAGUGUGAUCUUCCUCAGCAACCCCUGUGACUGCGGUGCCGAGGAGGACUUGUUUGGUGCAUAUCAUGUAACUCUAGCGCUCACCAGCCUCAAUUGCGUGGCAGACCCUAUACUAUACUGCUUUGUCAAUGAAGGGGCCCGUAAUGAUGUGGGCCGGGCCCUGGCCACCCUUUUGGGUCUCUUCCAUCGGGGUCAGAAAGAUGCACUGAUGGGGGCAUCCAUCACCGUGGAGACGCCCCUGGCAAUGAAGAAGCCAGACUUCUAUGGUGAGGUCAAGAGUAAUGCCUAUAAAUCUGACAUUGAAGUGCUCAAAGAGGAGUGCCUUCAAAUGACCAUUCUCAGUGUUAAGAAGUGAAAUUACAUGUGAACUUAAAGAGACAGUUCAAUUAAAAAUGAAAAAUUCUGUCAUUUGCUCACCCUCAUGUUGUUUCAAACUGACUUUCUUCCAUGGAACACAAAAGAAGAUGUGCGGCAGAAUGACAGCCUAAUGGCCCCGAUAUACUUCCGGAGAAGAUCUUAUUUGUUCUUUGUUCAGGGGUAAAAAGAAGUUCUAAACAGCCGAGCAACGGUACACUGCUUCCAAACAUUCAGACAACCGCCACACUGCUGUGGGAGGCGUUUAGAGAAGCAUAUAAAUAUAAGAACGCUCAGUAAAUCCUUAACUAAUGUGACAUUAAAAUGUGUUAUCAAUGACUUUAUGCUUCAUUCUAUAAGCAGAAUUCACAUGAGGUCAGUAAAAGAAGCUGUUUUGACCACUCAAUGAUGAUUUAAAGUGAUAUGUAUGCAGUAGAAAAUGUUACAUUUUUUCUUGAUUAAAUUCUGACACUAAUGUGCUAACAUGCUACACACGGACAUAAUAUGGGCCGAUUACACUCUGUUAUUGUAAUUUAUGAUGACACUGAUACUUCUGCAAAGAUAGGUUUAUAAAAGAGAAUACAGACAAAAGAAUGGUUAUGAAGGCAUAUAUUACUUUGGGCAGAUGUGUGAAUGGCUUUCACUGCAGAUGGCACAUGAGUGAAUGGGCACGAGAGUAUUUGAGUAGAUUUUAUUCCUUUUGUAGAUUAAUAAAAAAAAAUGCAUGACAUAUUCUUGAAAAAUGUCUUGACGUGAACAAUCGUACUGAUGUUCAUGUUGAAUACUAACUGAAAAAUGGAAACAAAGUAGUAGGUGGAGCUUCAGGUCACACCUACCGAUGACUGAACCAAUGGCAUUAAGAAGGUGUUUAGCAGCCAGUUAGAAGUUUUCCUAAUAGUUUGCACAGGCGAGCUUUCACGAAUCCAAAAACACUUUCUUUUUGGCUCGAUUUUGUUCUAAAUGACUUCAUACCCGUUCGUUCUUCAAUUUCGUAUGAAGUAUAUCUGGGCCUUGAGUUACCAUGCACUUUCAUUGUAUGGCAAAAAGAUGCUAUGAAAGUAAAUUGUGACUGGGACUAACAUACAUUGCCUUUUGUAUUCCAACAUAAGAAAGAAAGUAAUUUUGAUAAGCAUAAGGGUGAGUAAAUGAUGACAUAUUUUUUAUUUAUGGAUAAUUAUCCCUUUAAGGGGUCCCAAGAAAUAUUUCAACACUUAAGCCACACUUUAAACUGUAUGAAUUUCAUUGAAUUAGAACCAAAAUAUUAAACCAAGUGGCAUCUGCAAAGAAAUAAUGCAAGUCCUUUCCUCAGAACUAACUUCUCUAACUUCAUUUUUACAACUUUUAACCAACUGUUCCCAAGGUAAUUUUUUUGCUGCCUUUAUGUGGUAUUGGAAUUAUCCUACUUCGCACUUCUGAACUGGUAGUUAGAAGUACAUCGAGUUCAAGUGCUUUGUUGUCAGAAAGAACAGGAAACAUGGAUGACGAAAGGUUUAUUCAUACAUAUUUCAUAAGGAACUUUUAUUUUAACACUAUAAUACAUAUUACUUCAUUAACUUGCUGACGAUAAUGGAAUUUUAGUCAACUACAAGCUAUUUUCACAGUGUAAAAAUGUACAGCAUGCAUCAAAUGAUUACUGAUAUACAUAAAUAUAUAAAACCGAAACGGCAAGCAUUAACAAUUAGCUUUAUUUAGAAAAAUUAUUAAAACCUGUCAUUCACUACAGAAACCGUAGUCUCCUCCACCAUGUUGAAAGUUUACGAUUCCUCCCAUCUUAGAAACUCGGGUAUCAAAAUUAUCUCCGAGUUUACCAAUCGUAAUUAUGGCUUGAGAGGUCUUUCGUGUGUAACUUCUGAGUGAGAAACUCAUAUUUACGAUAAUUCCGAUAGCACAUGAAGGCACCAUUAGUGAAGGUAUGAAGGUAGUUAAGUUCACACAGAUGCAUCACAACUAUGUCUGGUUUGACAACCAGAAAGUUUAACAUUAUAUCAAACAAUAUUAUAAUGGCACUUGGUUCAAUAUUUUGUUAUAUAAUACAAUGAUAUAUAUACAUUUUUAAGCGUGGCUUAAUUGUAAAUAGGUUUUAGGCCCACUGCAUAUGAAGGUGCACUUCUGAAGAGUACUUUAACAACAGAUGUGUACCUCAAAUUUUACCCAGAAACACUGUCUAUGAUAAAAUCUGAUGUCUUUUAAUUGGAAAUGAGGAUUAAUCAAUGACAGCAAAAUGUUGAUGUUCCCUUCUGCUUUUGAAUGUUUUAUAUGUACGUGUCUGUUCUUUAAGUUUUUGCAGGAAAUAUACUUUGCUAUCCCUGUUUUGACUUACUAAAGCAUUGUUGCUCGUAGCAAGUUUGGUUAUUUAUUUUCCAAAUAUUAUCACAUGAGACUGUUUUUGAAUGGUGUCUAUGACAAGCCUUAUGAUAUGUCAAUAUUAAAGACUGCAUCCUAAUACACUCUAUAAAUAAAGCCUUGAGUGGCUUAACAGCACCAUGUCCAGAGAAACACGUUUCUCUCAGCUGUCUCGUUUGACAUCAUACUUUCUGAUCAGUGACACAGAGAAACCCAAAAUGGAAACUUUUCCAAACGGUGGGCUUUGCAGUUGUUUACAUUUUUUGUUUAGUAGUUUUACAGCUGCCCUAUUUCAGCCUACCAAACUGUAAGUCCUGAAUGUCAACAAUUAAAAAGUGCAAUGUAAUGGAUUUGCUGUUACGCCAAACUAAAAUAAAUGAUUUCAGUUCUUUUGUUGUAUAGUGCACAGCUCUUUUCUUUAGAAAGCUGUAGUUAAUUCUUUCUUGCACAAAAUAUUAUGUAAAGGGAAGCAAAAAACAAAACAA